AUGACUGCAGUUUCAUUGGGAUUAAACUACCAAGGGAAUGAAAGGAUCACACACAGCACACAAGAGGACAGAGCUGGCUUCUAAAGCCGUUCAACCUGGAUAUGGGGCAGCAAGCCAAUCCAACCAGGAUCACACUUACCCAUGCACAGCCCUACUUGUUUCUGUAUCUAAUCACGCUCUACGCUGGACCCAGGCUCAGCUUAGCAAGUUACAGCACAGCAUCGGAAUUGUUGUACACACUGCAAGAAGGAUUUCCUAAGGGGUAUCUCAUUGGAAACAUUGUGCAUGAUCUGCAGCUGGGUACUGACCCCCCUCUUUUGUUCAGCUUGGCAUCUAAAGGCCUUAGUGGGAAAUAUGUGACACUCAAUGACAGCACAGGGGAGCUGUAUACAUCAGCAGAGGAGUUGGACAGAGAAGUCCUCUGCCCUCAGAACUCUGGCAUCCAGGAUUGUGCCCUUCUGCUUGAUAUUAUCAUUUUGCCACAGGAAUACUUCCGGCUCAUCAAAGUAAAGAUCGCUAUCAUUGAUGUGAAUGAUAAUGCUCCAGUGUUCCCUGUGGCACAGAUUUAUAUUACAGUUCCGGAGAAUGCACCUGUUAACACAAGGAUGGUUAUAGAACAUCCUGCCUAUGACCCUGAUGGGGGACUGAAUGGGGUCCAGACCUACAGGUUAGUGGUCAACUAUGGUGUGUUUACAUUAGAUGUAGAAGAAAAUGAGAGUGGGGAGAGGACUCCUUACCUAAUUAUCAUGGGGCCCCUGGACAGAGAGGUAAAAUCUGAGUAUAAAACAAUUAUAAUUGCUGAAGAUGGAGGCAAUCCACCUCUUAUUGGCUCUGCCACCCUUUCCAUUCUCAUAAGUGAUGUCAAUGACAACUGUCCUCAGUUUAAUGAGUCUUUGAUUAAUGUGACACUUCCUGGGAACUCAAGCACUGGGGUAAAGGUAACUGCAGUGCAAGCUGAGGACAAGGAUUUGGGGAAUAAUGCCCUGAUCACGUAUGCCUUUAGUGAACGUGUUCCACAUUCAUCAAAAGAACUUUUUGACUUGGACGAAUCGACAGGAGUAAUAAAACUUUCCAAGAAGAUAGAUGGCGGUACCAUGAAACAACAUAAGCUUACUGUACUCGCCAAUGGUCCUGGGUGCAUCCCAGCUGUCAUUACUGUCAUCAUUUCUAUUGUCAAAGUCACAUUCCGCCCACCUGAAAUCAUACCUCGUUAUAUUGCCAACGAAGAAAAUGGGAUUGUAUAUUUAAAAGAGCUAGAACCUGUCAAUUCUCCAAUUGCUUUUUUCACUAUAAAAGACCCAGAUGGCAAGUACAAAGUAAAUUGCUAUUUGGAGGGGGAAGGACCAUUUCGUCUGACUGCAUACAAGCCCUAUACAAAUGAACAUUUGCUUGAAACUACCAAUUCUCUAGAUUAUGAGGUGAAGAGGGUGUAUAAUAUAGCAGUGGUUGCAGUUAGCAUACAUGGGACUCACAUUAAAAAGUCAUUACAAGUUCAGAUCCUGGAUGAGAAUGAUAAUGCACCCGUUUUCACACAGUCUACAAUAGAAGUGAGCAUAGAAGAAAACAAUCCAGCCAAUGCUUUUCUGGCCAAACUGCAUGCUACAGAUGUUGACAGUGGUGAAAGAGGACAGGUUUCCUAUUAUUUAGGAGCUGAUGCACCUUCUUAUUUUGUUCUCGACAAACAAACAGGAAUUCUUACAGUUUCCACAUUGCUAGACCGAGAGGAGAAGGAGAGAUACAGGUUCACUGUAAAAGCCAGAGACUCUGGCACACCUCCAAAGGAGUCAGUAGCCACUGUUCAUAUUACCGUGCUGGACAAAAAUGACAACAGCCCUCGUUUCAUCAACAAAGAUUUCAGCUUUUUUGUUCCUGAGAACUUUCCAGGCUUUGGUGAAAUUGGAGUAAUCAGCGUCACAGAUGCUGAUUCCGGACAGAAUGGGUGGGUUGCUCUUUCUAUAGUGAAUGGAAGUGACAUUUUUGUCAUCGACACUGGCAAAGGACUCUUGAGAGCAAAGGUAUCACUGGACAGAGAACAACAGAGUUCUUAUACUCUCUGGGUCGAAGCGUCUGAUGGUGGUGACCCAACCUUGUCUUCUACGGCUAAAAUUACCAUACUGCUUCUGGAUGUUAAUGACAACCCACCAGUGGUGUUAUUCCCCCAGUCAAACAUGUCCCUAUCUUCUUGUCCUGCCUUCAACUCUCCCUGGUUCCCCUGUAACUGAGGUUUAUGCUGUGGAUAAAGAUACAGGGAUGAAUGCAGUUAUUGCUUAUAGCAUAAUAGGAAGGAGGGGUCCCAGGCCAGAGUCAUUUAAGAUAGAUGCCAAGACAGGAAAUAUAACUUUAGAAGAGGCCCUGAUGAGGAAUGACUAUGGUUUAUACAGGUUGUUAGUGAAAGUUAGCGAUCAUGGUUAUCCAGAACCACUGUUCUCCACUGUGAUGGUUAAUCUGUUUGUGAAUGACACUGUCAGCAAUGAAAGCUACAUAGAAAGUUUGCUUAAAAAAGAUCCCGAUAUUAACAUAGAAGAAAAAGAGCCACAGAUAGCAAUUGAGCCCACUCAAAAAAAGAUGGAGACAGAUUCCUGUGUCCCAACACUGGUCACCCUGUCCAUUUUCUGCUUUGCCUCCAUCAUAUUAGUCACUCUAAUGGCAAUGUACAUCUGUCUAAGGAGAGGCAAAAAAGCUCACAGAAUCAAUGAAAACCUUGAAGUGCAAAUCCCACUCAAUGGCAAAAUUGACUUUCAUUUGCUUGAUAAGAAGCCAAUUGAGAUUUCUAAUAUUUAA